AGAGAAGGAGAGAAUGGCGUCGCGACUCCUGACCCGAUCCAAAGCCCUAGCGCUCGCCGUCUCCCGCUCCGACGCGGCGCCGCUCGCCGGCGCCCGGGGCCUCCGCGCCCUCUCCACCCUCCCCCGCGAUCCGGCCGCAGCCCCCGCCCCGUCGCCGCGGCAACCGGCGGUGAGGGGCUCACCGCUCGGCCUCUCCAAGAUUCUAGGAUAUGAGCAGGCAUCUCGACUCAGUGGCACAAAAGUACUGCCUCGCUGGUUUUCUACUGGAGCCUCCAAUGGAUCUUCUGAUCAGCAGGUGGUGACCUCAAAGUCUGUUGCUGGGAUGGUACAGUCUGAUGCUGUGAAAGCACAGCAGGAGGGAGCCUCGGCGAAGGUGACAGCAUUCAGCCCAUCGGAAGCUACUAUCGGCAAAUACAGAAUCAGUCCAUUGACAGACGAAAGCAAGAGAGUAAGGAAGUCCGAGAUUCGAACAAAAGUUUCAUACUACAUGAUCCCCAUUCUUCUUCUCGUGUCAAAGAACAGCGUCAGCACUUCUCUCCUGGUCGCGGCAGUAUACCAUCAGAUCUACAUGUUCAACAAGGAGAUCUUUCUGGACUAUGUCCACCACGACAUCACCAGGAAGUGGGCUCUGAUAUACUUCAAGCUGCUCUUGCUAGUCAUGGCCAAGGACACCAUGGUGUACUUCGGCUUGUUCUAGGUCGGCAUGGUAGUUUCUCUAGAAAUGCAUCAGCGCCCCAUCUUUACACCGGAAUAAUCGUCAAUGUGGACAAAAUGAGCAGCUGCUAGUUCUUAUGUUCUCCAAUGUCAACUUGCUGCGUUUUUACCCCUCUUUUGGCUGUGGUUGAUUAAUGGCAAACAGGCCAAGCGAUAUGUUUCUUGAAGAAAUGCUCAGCCCUUGCUAAAUACCAGUUUCUGUGAGACAAGGUUGCUCUAGAGUUCUGUAAUAAUGGUAAAUAUUAACCUUUGGUGUUCUCUUUGU